AUGGCCGAUAUGGAUGACCCCCGGAUGAGCUCCAUCAAGCCCCGGAUCCGCUACAACACCAUCGGGGGAAUCAAUGGGCCUCUGGUCGUGUUGGACAAUGUCAAGUUCCCCCGGUACAACGAGAUCGUCAGCUUGAGAUUAGCUGACGGCACUGAAAGAUCGGGUCAGGUGCUGGAAGCCAGAGGAAACCGAGCAGUCGUUCAGGUGUUCGAAGGCACUUCCGGUAUCGAUGUGAAGAAGACCAAAGUCGAAUUUAGCGGCCACAGCUUGAAGCUUGGUGUGUCCGAGGACAUGCUGGGUCGAGUCUUCGACGGUUCGGGACGUGCCAUCGAUAAGGGACCCAAGGUUAUGGCAGAGGACUACCUGGAUAUCAACGGCCAACCUAUCAACCCCUACUCGCGAGUGUACCCCGAGGAAAUCAUUUCCACCGGUAUCUCCGCUAUCGACACUAUGAACUCUAUUGCCCGUGGACAGAAGAUUCCUAUCUUCUCUGCUGCCGGUCUACCCCAUUCGGAGAUUGCUGCCCAGAUCGCUCGACAGGCCAGUCUAGCGAAGCCUAGUAAGGGCAUCCACGACGAUCACGAGGACAACUUCUCUAUCGUCUUCGCCGCCAUGGGUGUUAACAUGGAAACUGCUCGUUUCUUCACUCGUGACUUCGAGGAGAACGGUAGUAUGGAGCGUGUCACCUUGUUCCUUAACUUGGCAAACGACCCAACUAUUGAGCGUAUUAUUACUCCUCGUCUCGCCCUGACCACCGCCGAAUACUACGCCUACCAACUUGAGAAGCACUGUCUGGUCAUUAUGACCGAUAUGUCUGCCUACUGUGAUGCCCUUCGUGAGGUUUCCGCUGCCAGAGAAGAAGUCCCCGGUCGUCGUGGUUACCCCGGUUACAUGUACACGGAUUUGGCCACUCUCUAUGAGCGUGCUGGACGAGUCGAGGGCCGUAACGGUUCCAUCACACAGAUUCCCAUUCUGACCAUGCCUAACGAUGAUAUCACCCACCCCAUCCCCGAUUUGACUGGUUACAUUACCGAGGGCCAGAUCUUCAUUGACCGUCAGCUCGACAACCGCGGUAUCUACCCGCCAAUCAACGUCCUGCCGUCACUGUCACGUCUAAUGAAGUCCGCCAUUGGCGAGGGCCGCACCCGCAAGGACCACGGCGAUGUCUCCAACCAGCUGUACGCCAAGUACGCCAUCGGUCGUGAUGCCGCCGCCAUGAAAGCCGUCGUCGGAGAGGAAGCUCUGUCCUCGGAGGAUAAGCUCUCCCUCGAAUUCCUCGAGAAAUUCGAACGCACCUUCAUCAGCCAGUCUGCCUACGAGUCUCGCACAAUUCAGGAAUCUCUCGACAUCGCCUGGAACCUCCUUCGCAUUUACCCCAAGGAGCUCCUUAACCGUGUGCCCAAGCGUAUCCUGGACGAAUUCUAUGCCCGCCAGGGCCGCAAGGUCCCUAACAAGGAUGCGCGCGAUAACUCAGACGAGAACCUUAUCGACGCAUGA